AUUCCGGGCUUGAGGAAUCUUUUUGGGAGGUUUUAGUUACUUGGGUAGAUUUAAGUCUAAAUAGAGUCUUGCAUUGGUCAUUGGGUUUCUGGAUUCAGUUGGUGUAAUUUUGAGAAUCACUGCCCUAAUCGGCCGGUAUGUCUAGUUUUGUGGGUGUUGUUGUGUCUGAUCAAUGGCUGCUGAGCCAAUUCACACAAGUCGAGCUUCACGGCCUUAAAUCCAAGUUUGUUUCAGUAAAGAGACAAAAUGGUAAAGUUACGGUAGAAGAUUUGCCACCCUUGAUGGUGAAAUUGAAGGCUUUUAGUGCUUUGUUUACUGAGGAUGAGGUUAGGCAGAUAUUGGGAGAAUCUUAUACCGACAUGAGCACCGAGAUUGAUUUUGAGACAUUCCUCAGGGUGUAUUUAAAUAUGCAAGGUCAGGCUACAGGAAAGCUGGGUGGUUCAAAGCAUUCAUCAUCGUUCCUAAAGGCCUCCACAACCACUCUUCUUCACACAAUCAGUGAAUCAGAAAAAGGCAUUUAUGCAACACACAUAAAUAUUUAUCUCGCUGACGAUCCAUUUUUAAAACAGUUUCUUCCGCUUGAUCCAGCUACAAAUGAUAUUUCCAAUCUCACAAAAGACGGAGUACUCUUAUGUAAGCUCAUAAAUGUUGCUGUGCCUGGAACAAUAGAUGAAAGAGCUAUCAACACAAAAAGGGUACUUAACCCAUGGGAGAGGAAUGAGAACCAUACCCUUUGCCUUAACUCUGCAAAGGCUAUUGGCUGCACUGUUGUAAAUAUUGGCACUCAAGACUUGGUUGAAGGAAGGCCUCAUCUUGUACUUGGGUUGAUAUCACAAAUUAUAAAGAUUCAAUUGUUAGCAGAUCUCAACCUUAAGAAGACACCUCAGCUUGUGGAAUUGGUGGAGGAUAGCAAUGCAGAUGUUGAGGAACUUAUGGGGUUAGCUCCUGAGAAAGUUCUACUGAAAUGGAUGAAUUUCCAUUUAAAUAAAGCCGGCUAUGAGAAAACUGUUGCUAAUUUUUCUUCAGAUGUGAAGGAUGCAAAAGCUUACACCUAUCUGCUUAAUAUUCUGGCACCGGAGUACUGCAAUCCGUUGACCCUAGAUACAAAGGAUCCCUUUGAAAGGGCUAAACUUGUUCUUGACCAUGCAGAGAGAAUGGGCUGCAAACGGUAUCUGAGCCCAAAAGACAUUGUUGAGGGCUCACCAAACUUGAAUCUUGCAUUUGUGGCCCAAAUCUUCCAUGAAAGGAAUGGCCUGAGCACAGAUAGCAAAAAGAUCUCUUUUGCAGAAAGGGAGACUGAUGAUAUUCAAAUUUCAAGAGAAGAGAGGUGUUUUCGACUGUGGAUCAAUAGUCUUGGACUUGAAAGUUAUGUUAAUAAUGUCUUUGAGGAUGUUAGAACUGGUUGGAUACUUUUAGAAGUGCUUGAUAAAGUUGCUCCUGGAUCAGUGAACUGGAAGCAUGCAUCAAAACCUCCAAUUAAGUUUCCAUUUAGGAAAGUAGAAAAUUGCAAUCAAGUAGUGAAGAUCGGGAAACAGUUGAAAUUUUCCGUCGUGAAUGUUGGCGGAAAUGAUAUAGUACAAGGAAAUAAAAAGCUCAUAGUCGCUUUCCUGUGGCAAUUAAUGAGGUUCAACAUACUUCAACUUCUCAAGAGUCUGAGAUCCCACUCCCGAGGAAAGGAGAUAACUGAUGCAGAUAUCUUGAACUGGGCAAACCUGAAAGUCAAAAUUUCAGGAAGAACUACUCAGAUAGAAAGCUUCAAGGACAAAAGCCUUUCCAAUGGACUGUUCUUCCUCGAACUUUUAAGUGCGGUGGAGCCAAGAGUGGUCAACUGGAACCUUGUAACCAAGGGUGAAAGCGAUGGGGAGAAGAGGUUGAACGCAACAUAUAUCAUAAGCGUGGCACGAAAGCUUGGGUGCUCGAUUUUCUUGUUGCCUGAGGAUAUCAUGGAGCACACUAACAUAAGCAGGCAUUGCAAAUGGAUGAAUAUAUGGGGUUCACAACUCAAUGCUGUUACGGAAUCCGCAGGUAAACCAGAAAAUGGUCCUCACAUUAACAGCCAGCAUGAUGUACUGGUGCCUUCAACAAGCGGCGGACUAGGGCGAUGCAGCUCUAUCCCCUUCAAAUGGCAACGGGAGUAUUACUUACACAUCAGAUGCAUGUCCAGCACCAUCCAUCAGCAGCGGUGAAGAUGAAAGGUUAUCGCUGUGUGGUGAGAUGGCGAGCUUGACCGUGGACGAUGCUGCCUCGGACAUUACAGUUUCGUCAUCUCAAUGUGAGAAUGGAGAUACUGAAAUUGCAACCGUGUAAACCCCGUACAAGUGAGAAUAUGGUUUCGGUAGGUAGAAGAAGCCAUAAAUCAACUCAACAAUCAGAAAGUUCCUCCUUUACCUUCUCUUUUCGUUUGUUAUCAGCCAAUUGUAUUUUAGAUAAUAUUCUUGGACAAUAAUAGGGUAAAUCUCAUAAAUGGUA